UCAUAAUUCUUAUAAUCAUUAAAUCUUAUAUUGCAUUUUGCAAAUAUCUUUAUUUAUGGAGCCAUUCAUUUUUAAUGAUAUUAUAAACGAAUGGGCUUGUUUGCAAUGGAAUCCAACUUAUAUCUUAAAUAAUAUUUCCAAUACAAAAGCUAGGCUUGGAAAUUUUGAAAUGCAUAUUAAUGCAACUAAUCUUUGGGAAAAUACCUGUAAAUAUUAUGAUAUCUCAAAUUCAAAUUGUCGUCAGAUGUUUUUGAAUAAACCUGUUAAACAUGGGAAAAAUUUGCCCUUUGCUUAUAUUGCUUACAAAUAUAUGAACUUUUUAUUUAAAGACAAGCCACAAUUUCUUGAGGCAGUAGAUUGGACCCCGUUUGGAUUUAUGAAUAGGAAUGGUGAACAAUCAACAUUUUGGAUGGGUACUCAAGGGUCUUACACCCCUUGUCACUAUGAUUCAUAUGGUUACAAUUUAAUAGCACAAAUUCAUGGCCAACUCAAGCAAUGUGCCCAAUUUUGUUGCAUUUAUAACAAGUGGCUUCUUGAAAAGACAAUUUUUCCUUCUAUGGUUUUCACCACAGGAGUGGCAGGGAUUAGGAAGCUUUGGAUAAUGUUUCCGCCACGUGACACAAUUAAUUUAUACCCAACCCGCAUUCCAUACGAAGAGUCUUCGAUAUUCUCUAAUAUAAAUCCUUUAUUCCCAAAUUUAAUCAAAUAUCCGAAUUUUAAAAAAUGCAAACCAUAUGCAUGUAUUUUGUCUCCAGGACAAGUUCUCUAUCUACCUCAUCAUUGGUGGCAUAUGGUGCUUUCUAUAAGUGAAUGUCCUACAAUAUCAAUAAACACGUGGAUCGAAAUGCCAGAAGAUAAAAUUGAAAGGAUUAAUGAGGCUCAAGCUAGAAUCAUUAUAUCUUCGUUAAUGCUACAACUUGAUCCAACCGGAAAAUUUUGGAUUAAUUCUCCAGAUGACCCCCUACCAACACAUGUAGGAAAUAUGGAACUAUAUAAAAAUGCUAAAGCCGAUAAGCAAUCAAGCUGCCCAGGUGAAGAUAUAUCUGAAGAAUUUAAUAAAAUCUUGUGCCUUAACAUCCAGAAAAAGGAUAAAUAUGAUCUUUUUAGAUUUGAAACUCUGGAUCCAUACUUGGAAUUUAUAAAAAUAAUUUUUAAAGGCAAGAAAUAGGUAUAGACUAAUCCAGGGGCGAAUUGGUGACACUUCAGUUUCGUCAGUAAUUUUUUAAUGGCCUCAUUAUUAUAGCUGUAUUCCCCUCCCUCAUACCAUUUUAUUUUGCGGACUUUUGGUCCCCUUUUACCUGGCCUUCUCUCCCCCUUCUAGUACUUUAACCAUAAAAAAGAAACGUGUUACCGUUACUCGUUACCUUGUCAAAAGGAGGCGUUACUCGCUAUUCAAAAAAAUUCAUUCUUUACUUAAAAAAUAUUAAAUAUUAUAUCUAAAUUUUCUUUUUAUUUAUUUUUUUCCCCAUAGAUCUGAAUUAAUUUUUUAUAAAAUUUUCAAAAAAUAUAAUAAAAUGGACCCCCUCUAAGGAAAAUUCCUAGCUACGCCACUGCGUACAACUUAUUUCUUUUUUUUUCUACUUGUUUCUUUUGUUUUCCCAUCCUUUAUUUUGUUAUGAAAUUGAUAUAUUAUACCUUAUUUUUAUAUUGCAUUUGAAACUGGUUCUUACCAGUUUCAUGAAUGAUUGUAUCGCGAUUAAAUAACAACUUUUUUUUUCCUUUUUGUUUUAAAAAUUAUAAAGGUUGAAAACAAAACACCUUUUUGGAUCAUUAAUUAUUUUCGUUCGUUUUGUAAAUUGAUAUUUUUUUGAAAUUUUACUUUGUUGAAUAAACUUCGAAUAUUAUUUUAACUACGUUGUCCAAGUGAUUCCAGGACUAAAUCGAUAAAACCCGGCCCCCUGGAUCCCGUCAUCGAUUAUCCCGGACCCCCGAUCACGGACUGUAUUUUUCCCAUUCAGACUAGGGAACCCAUCGGUCCAAAUAUUACAGUUACAUAUAUUUUUUGAUUGAUAUUUUUCUUUUUGAUCGGUAAUUUUUUUAUUUUUUGUGUUAUAUGUUUUUUUAUGAAAUUUUUUUAAAUAUAUUUUUUUGAUUGAUAUUUUUUUUAAAAUUUAUAUUUGAUAUAUAUUUUGAUCGCUAAUUUUUUUAAUUUUUGCUUAUAUGAUUUUUAUAAUAAAUUUAUAUUUGAUAUAUCUUUUG